AUGCCUUCGUGGCGUCCUGGUCAACGGUACGCCGAGGCGCAUAUCGCGGGAUGCCUUCGUGGCGUCCUGGUCAACGGAAUUCUUUGGCAGAGCCCAAAAAACGACCAGCAAAGGGCCAAGAAUUUCAUCAGGUCAAUAACGAGAAAGCGUGGACGACGCAAAGUCGCCAAUCAUAGGCCUGCUACUAUCGCUAUCAACCAAAAUAGUAUUACGUUGAAUUCAUCGCAAACAGGGACCACUAUUGUUGGAGCUUCUGUCUUUCAAGAUGACCCAGACACAAAUUGUGCCGAUUCAGAAGCUGAUAAUGAUCCCAAUGAUCUGAACGCGACGGUUGACUCCAGCCUCGACAAGCAAGACUCAAUGGCAAUGGAAGUCUCCGACACAAAGAGGCUCCAAGAAAUCCUUGGUUGUUUGGAGGAUUCUCGCAUGACCCUUACUAAUGACAAGAAGAUGUUACUCGCCCAUGGCAAUGUUUACCUUCAAGAUGUCAUGCUAGAUCAUGCCCGACGUACUGGAAAAGUUAAGCCAAUUCAUUUUAGCAUCCUGGAUGCCGAAUCCAUCACGACACUGGGUCUCAUGCGAGAAGAUUGUGAGCAGAUCACAGACUGUGUUGAAGAAUCACCGCUCCCUAGGUUUCCCCUGGAGUUACUUCAGGCCCUCGAGAAGUAUGAGAAGGCGAAUUCCUAUGAGCACUCAUGCCGAAUCGAACGCACGAUGUCUCAUAAGGGUGAUAUUAAAUGGAUCGGUGAUGUUUCGUGCCACAUUGUCCGGCUUUUAGAGAACUCCGGAAUGAUCUUGGAUGAAGAGCUGAGUGAAGGGGUUUGGGAUUGUUUGGUUUAUCCUCGCUUCCUGGACGAAGUUUUCUGCGAGAUUCCAGAGCUUGUCCUUCAACGCAAAGAAAUUUCACUCUCAGCAACUCGCUACCAACCGUACUCCUACUUCAUCAACGAACCUCGUUACGAUGCGAUCGCACGCCGUCGUAAGCUAUCUGCUGACGGCAGCUCCCAAUCUUGUUAUGAACUGCUUGUCUUGGAGACAAUUCGCAAAUGGGAAGGGCAACUUGCUGCGAAAUGGCUCAAUGAUUUUGAUAAGCUUGUGGGUGGCUUGAGAGCGAUGCUGUGCCACAUUGGCGAGUUGGUAGAAAACGACCCAAUAGUCAUGAAGAAGAUAAAGGUGGUUGGCAUACUACAAGCUGGUCGUCGACACCAGCUUCUCAUUAUGUCUUGUAUUGGCAAGGACGUAUUUUACUUGAAGUGUGGUCAUAUACAUGAGCUUCCGGGGGAGCUUAAAGAUAUGAAGAAGUUACAAUACAUUUUCGCGUCAUACUGGAAAGCACGGGAAAUUGUUCGAUGUGGUGUUCGGCUUCUGGAGGAAUUUUUGCAACAAAAUUUAGAGCAGGAUCAAAAGGCUGUUAAUAUUUUGUCUCCAAACUUCCUUUAA